AUGCAAAAUUAUGAGAAUCAAGAUGACGGAAAUUUUGAGGAUUACGACUGGAUACCAUCAGUGAAUGCUGGAUCUACACCUCAACAGCCUUAUCCUACGCCUAUCCCCUUAUCGCCAAUUCAAGCGCCCGCCCAAGCCUUGUCAGAGUAUACGCCCGCCCCGUCAGCAGCUACAGGGAGUACCGCACCCAAGGUAGCCAUCCCUCGCCUAGCCGGUUCCGACACCUUUUCGCAUGGGCGCCGACGGUCAGCGCGGGCUUGCGAGCCCUGUCGUCAGCGCAAGAUCAAAUGUGAUGGUAUCCGGCCAUCGUGCGGACAAUGUGCAUACCACAAUCAUAGCUGCUCCUACGAAGACGUCAAACGAGUGCGCGACCAGAAACGAAUGGGUUGCUUAGUCAAGCGAGUGGAGGCAUACGAAGCUCUUCUUCGAGAGCUUGAAGCCGAGGUGGACCUCCCCACGGCUCGAAAGAUUAAAAAAGCAUUGAAGUUGUCAAAGUCCAAAAGUGGGAAAACUUCUAGAAACCCUAGAAACCCUCGAAACGAUGCCGACUCAGAAGGUUCCUCGACCUCUAUGGGCUCACUCGAUGCUAUCGACCAGGUUGACGAAGAUCUAAAUCGAAACGAAGACACCCGUGCCGCGGGCUUCUUUGGGAAGAAUUCAGAAAUCAAUUGGAUUCGAAAGCUGGAGAGCGGCGUUGGUGUGAAGAGUGCCCAGGAACAUGUCCCGAAUUCUUUCUACAUGGAGAGUCAUCGUGACCCAGCCUCUAUUCAGCAGCAGCAGCAGGCAUUAGAAAGGCAAAUUCCCACUUCUAUGAUGGAUUAUCAUCUCGACAGCCUGGAUAUUCCGUUAAUUGAGCCAUGCGACUUAUUGGCUGUGCCCCCCGGGAAUUGGCAGAUCGAUACUUCGAUGCCUACCUGA